AUGAUUAAGAUUGCCAUCUUCAUUGCUCUAACAUGUGUGGCCAUUUCUUCGCCUCGAGAUUCUGAUUCCAACGAAAGAUUUGGUUUUCAUUUUCAUCAUGGUAGACAACCUACAUGGUCAUCAAAAUUAUGUCAAAACCAAACGUUAGCACAAUCAUAUUUAAAUUAUACUCGACAACUUAUAAAUACUCUUGAAACAAAUGGUUCGUAUACACAAGUUCUUCAAAAACGUGCCCAAUCAAUAGCUUAUUUUAAAAAUGAUAAUAAUACUGCUUUUCUAUCAUCGAACUGCAGUCAAUUUUUUGCUGGUCUCAAAUAUGCUCGAAAACUUGAUGCACAAGCUUUAAAACAACAACAAAUGUAUGAGAAUAAUGCUGCUCGUCUCUACAAACAAAUACUUCAUUCUCUUCUUGGCUUUCGUUUUUUUGUAGAUGAUGAUUUUUAA